CCUGGCUGAUCACCAUUUAGGAAUUAUAGAUAUGAGACAACCUGCGGGUGUCGCGGAAAUCAUCAGAUCGCACCAGAAAGAUGACAUUUACACUGGCUAUUUAAAAAACCCAGUAUCUGAGAUUUUUCAAGAAAUAUUUGGUCCUGGGGUGUGGAUCAGAUGGAAAAAUGAAGUGGACCGAGUUGCUGAGGUCACAUAUUUCUUGCUUACAACAGUUGCUGGAUAUCAGACAGUUGGAGAGGAAUAUGUCAACAUCAUACAGAUAGAUAAACAAAGACGGAACCUACCAUCUAAACUGAAAAGGUUGAUAAUGGUUUCCCUCCAUGUAUUUGGUCCCUAUGCAAUUAUCCGUCUUCUGGAUUGGAUGGAAAAGAAAAUACAGUCUGGAGAGUGGGAUAGUGUUCCCAAGGAAACAAGGGAGCUUAUUCUGAAAUCACUUCCUGUUCUUCAACAAGCAAUGUCACUUCUGCAGAGGUUUCAUCUGGCUGUUUUUUAUCUCAGAGGUGUGUUCUAUCACAUCGCCAAACGAUUGACAGGUGUCAGCUACAUCAAGUUCAGUUUAUCCAGUACUGAAGGAUCAAGUGUUCAGCAGAGUUUCAGUGCUCUUGGUUGGUUGUCACUGGCACAGCUAGGCUUCAGUGUGUUACAACUGUUGUAUCAUAGCUACAAAUCUGCAGGGUCCCCCUCCUCUCAUAGAGAAGUCAGUUCAAAGACAACAAGUGAAGCUGCUGACAGGAAGUGCUGUUUGUGUCUGGAGACAAGGAGGAAACCCACAACGACACCUUGUGGCCAUUUGUUCUGUUGGCAAUGUAUCUAUGAAUGGUGCUCUACUAAGCUUGAGUGUCCAAUAUGCAGAGAAAAGCUCCAACCACAAAAACUGGUAUUUUUACAGAACUUUGACCCCCCAGAGGGAUGAACUGGGUUCCAUGGGUUUCAUUUACUGGAAAGACUUUGAAGCCUCAGACUCAAAGGACAAACGUCAUUUAUUUAAAUCAGAUGUCAUUCACACUGGCAGAAAGCAGCAGUUGUCAGAUAUAUUGUUACAGAAUGCAGUGUUAUAAGCAACAUCAACAGUUUGUUGGAUUGUGAUUUAAACUCUUUUUUUGUGCAAUAUUGUUAAUAAAUGAAAGAUUAAAAAAUAAA